AGUGCCUUAACAAUUGAAAAUAAUUACAAAAACAUGCUCGUACGUUUGAAUAGUCUUCAUGGCGGCCGAACAGCGACAGGAAGACAAGGACGAGUUGAGGUUAGUUUCAAUCACGGUGCCACGUGGGGCACCAUUUGUAGUACCAAUUGGAGUUUCCGUGAAGCAAAUGUGGUUUGUCGUCAAUUGAACUUUGGUUAUGCAGCUUAUACGAAUCAGACAACGGAAUUCGGCAAUAGCAGAGAACAUCCUUGGGCUAUGGUAGGUACUCUUUGUCGAGGUACUGAAAAAAAACUCGCUGAUUGUUUUCGUGAAGCUGCAUAUCCCAAUUUGUGUAAUAGUAAAUAUAACAGAGUGGCUGUAGUACGAUGUGUGAUGCGGAGUGCAGACUUAAGUCUUGGUUUGAGAGAUAUUGAACGAUCGGUACGUUUGGACAGUGUACCAAUGUCACGUAUAACAUGUGCUAUGGAAGAGAAUUGUGUAUCGCGUGAUGCUUACGUAAUACGUAGAACCAACCCACAUGCUGUACGACAUUUGUUACGCUUUACUACAGCUGCUGAAAAUGUGGGUAACGCUGAUUUCAGUCCUUAUUCUAACUAUGACCAAUGGCAGUGGCAUCAAUGCCAUAGACACUUUCAUAGCAUGGAAACAUUCGCUACAUUUGAUAUUUAUGAUCUAAAUUAUCGAAAAGUAGCUCAGGGACAUAAAGCUUCAUUUUGUUUAAUGGAUACGAAAUGUGUGAGUGGUAUCAGACCAAAAUAUACCUGUGGCAAUACAACGCAGGGCAUUUCAAUAGGUUGCGCAGAUUUGUACACUGCCGAUUUGGAUUGUCAAUGGGUUGAUGUUACCAAUUUACCUGUUAAUAGGAAUUAUAUAUUACGUGUUGCCCUUAAUCCAGAAUAUAAAAUUGGUGAGAUUUCUUUCGAGAAUAAUGGAGCUGAAUGCUUGCUUCACUAUACUGGCCUCAGCGCAACAACAAAGAUAACACGUUGCAGUUCCGCUUCAUUAUGGUUCAAGAAAUGAGCUUAUUGGGUUAAAAUAACUAAAAAUA